AUGGCCUCGCACUCGGGCCUUCUAGCAUGCUCUUAUGAGGUGCUGAACAUCAUCUUCGGUGAACCGAGCUUGAGCAAGAAAGACCUUGAAUCUCUUCGUCUCACUUGCAAGGAGGUCCACUCCACUGCGACUAGAGAGUUCGCAAAGCGCUAUCUCGCCGAGCCAUUCGUCGUCUUGUCACGAGACAGUCUACAAUCACUAGUCGACAUCUGUGGAGCAUCCGAUCUUCGGUCCUCAGAUCCGAUCUAUCGGCUUCUUGGCCACCACUCUGCAUAUCGAAAACUUGAAGAAACUCACGACGUAUGUGAAUGGACGGCACACUCGUACGCUAGGUAG